GUUGGAAAAAACGAUUGAAAUCGAUGUGACUAAGCCAACAUAUGAAUAUCUUACAGGCCACGUAGUUGAUGGUCGUAAUCUUUUUCCGGCAACUGGUUACUUAGUUUUAAUGUUGAACGCCUUAUCAGAAAUUGAAGGAGAAUUAUUGGAAAAUAUUGCAGUGGAAUUUGAAGAUGUUAAAUUUUUACGGGCUACAAAUAUUCCAAAAAAAAAUACACUAACAUUUUCAAUGAUGAUCCAAAAGGGUACCGGAAAUUUUGAAAUUUUAGAAAGUGAUUCAGUUGUCGUCACUGGUCGACUGAAGCGUUUACCUCAUAAUUCCAAAGAAUUACUAAAGCUGCCCGAAGUAAAACCAAUUGUCAAUGACACUGAUAAGUUGCCGUUAAACUCACGUGACAUUUACAAAGAAUUGCGCUUACGUGGCUACAAUUAUCAAAAUGAGUUCAAGGGCAUUAUAUCUACGGAUAAUAGUGGCUUUGUUGGACAAAUUCAAUGGAAACCAAGCAUGUGGACUGCAUUUAUGGAUAACAUGCUACAACUUCAAAUAUUACAAGAAGAUGCCAGAUUUUUGUAUGUACCCACAAGUAUACGAAAAUUAACAAUAUAUCCGCAUGAACAUUUCAAACAUAUCCAAGAACACGAAGAUGGUAGACAGUCAAUAACCGUCACAAAUUACAAAGAAUAUAAAGUGCUACAAGGGGGAGGUAUCCAAAUUGAGGGUUUAAUGGCAACAUCAAUCAAUCGUCGAAAGCCUUUGGCUGAAGCUGUUUUAGAAAAACAAGAAUUUGUUCCAUUAAUAAAUUGUAUUUCCCAAAAAUAUACGGUUGUUGAUGCUAUGCGAAUAUUUUUCCAAAUCGGCUUAGAGAAUAACCCAAGUGUUAAAGUAAAAGUCGUUGAGGUUGAUAAUGAAGUCAACGAUAUAUUGGCACCAGUAAUUUUUGAAGUUCUAAGCGACCUACCAUUAAUUCAACCUGAUAUAACAGUUCUUUCAAGUCGAUCGUUUCAAUUGCCAAAUAAUUGUCAAGUUUCUAACAAACCAUUAGAAACUGAAUCCAAAGCUGAUUAUAUUGUGACAUAUGAUUUACUAAACAAUCCAAAUAAAUUGUCAGUCAUUGGUACUGUUUCAAAAAAUAAAGAUAGUUUUAUAAUAUCACGGGAAAACUCGAAAACGAAAACUUGUAGUAUACCUGAUUACGAUAUAUUAUGCGAACUAUUUACUGAAAAUGAUAAACUAUUAAUGCUACGAAAAAAACAGAAAUUAAAUAUUAACAAAUCUACAGAAAUAAUAAAAAUUACAAAUGAUCUUGAAUUCCCUUGGAUGGAACAAUUACAACAAUUAAUAAAAAGUAAAAUACCCACAAUUUUAUAUUCACAAAAUGAACCAAUUAGUGGCUUAAUUGGAUUGAUUAACUGUUUACGAAAAGAGUACAUAAGUAAUUCAAUUCAAGCUGUGUUCAUAAAUGAUAAGAAUGCACCAGGAUUCGAUAUCAACGAUCCAUUCUACAAAAAACAAUUAGAUCUUGGUUUGGCUGUAAAUGUGUACCUGAAUGGUAUUUGGGGUGGAUAUCGUCAUUUGAAAUUGUUAGGAACAAAAACAAUAACUGACACAGCUUAUAUUAAUUGCGUAACUCGAGGAGAUUUAUCGAGUAUGACCUGGAUAGAACUGCCACUGUCCUCAAAACCUACAAGAAUUAUUGAAAUUUGUUAUUCUUCAAUGAAUUUUCGCGAUGUUAUGCUAGCGACAGGAAAAUUGAGCAGUGAAUUUAUGGAUAAAGGUAAAACUGACCCUGAUUGUGUGUUGCCAUUAGACUGUGUUCAAGGCUUAGAAUUUUCUGGAGUUGGUCUAGAUGGAAAACGGUAUAUGGGUUUAGUAACGCGCGCUGGACAAGCAACAAGAGUUGAAUAUGAUGAAAACUUGACGUGGCCAGUACCAGAUAAUUGGAGUUUAGAAGAUGCCGCGACAGUUCCUGUUGUUUAUUCGACUGUAUACGGAUCGCUAAUUAAAUAUGGAAUGUCUAACGGUCACUCAGUCCUUAUUCAUUCUGGAACGGGGGGUGUUGGCUUAGCUGCUAUUCAUGUUGCGUUACAUUAUGGUUGCGAAGUAUUCACAACCGUUGGAACGCAAGAGAAACGGGAAUUCAUAAAAAAAAUGUUUCCACAAAUUAAAGAGAGUCAUAUUGGUAAUUCACGUGACACUUCAUUUGAACAAAUGGUAAUGAGUGAAACAAAAGGUCGAGGUGUGGACUUUGUGUUGAAUUCACUGGCUGAAGAAAAGCUACUAGCAUCUGUUCGGUGUCUAGCUGAAUAUGGAAAAUUUAUGGAAAUUGGUAAAUUUGAUUUAUCCAAAAAUAAUAAACUUGGAAUGGAAGUAUUUAUGCGUGGGGCAUCGUUUCAUGGAAUCAUGUUGGAUAAUACGAUGGAGGCAUCAGCCGAGAAGAAAGAAGUAAUUCGUUCAAUGAUAUCGAAAGGCAUUCAAGACGGAGCCAUUAAGCCUUUGCCUAGGACUGUGUUUGACAUUGAAAAUUUAGAAGCACCUUUUAGAUACCUCAGUGCUGGCAAACACAUUGGCAAAGUAUUGAUCAAAAUUCGUGAUAAUGAGGCACAGAAAUCCGUUUUGGUACCUGCAAUUCCAAGAUUAUACGUAAAGCAUGAUAAAUCGAUUGUGAUCAUCGGCGGUCUUGGUGGAUUUGGAUUGGAAUUAGCUAAUUGGUUGAUUCAGAGAGGUUGUAGAAAUAUAAUACUUUCGUCAAGACAGGGUUUAAGAAAGGGAUACCAAUCAAUUCGAAUACAAAAAUGGCGCUCUGCUGGUAUUAACGUACAAGUUUCUACUGCAAACAUUUCAUCAAAAGAAGGGUGCAUAGAAAUAUUGCAAUUUGCUGAACAAUUUGGCCCGGUUGAUGGUAUUUACAACUUAGCCGUAAUAUUACGGGAUGCGUUGUUUGAAAAUCAAAGUAUUGAAAAUUUCCAAACAUCUUUUCGUGGGAAAGUAUUGGGUACAAAAUAUUUAGAUGAAGUGAGUCGUACACUUUGUCCAGAGCUGCGACAUUUUGUUGUAUUCUCAAGUGUAUCCUGCGGGCGUGGUAAUGCGGGUCAAACAAAUUAUGGAAUGGCAAAUUCAGUAAUGGAACGUAUAUGUGAAGAACGUCAUGCCAGUGGAUAUCCAGCUCUUGCUAUACAAUGGGGUGCUAUUGGUGAAGUAGGGCUUGUUGCCGAUAUGCAAGAUAAUGAUACAAUAUUAGAAAUUGGUGGAACGCUUCAACAGAGCCUAAACAGCUGUUUCAAUGCUAUGGAUAUUUUCUUGAAACAAUCAUCACCUGUUGUUGCAAGUAUGGUGGUUGCUGAGAAAAAGUAUGGGUUCAACGGUGGAAGUAUUUUAGAUUCUGUUGUAUCUAUUAUGGGGAUAAAAGAUUAUAAAAAAUUGAGUAAACACGCGAAACUUUCGGAGAUUGGUAUGGAUUCAAUGAUGGCAGUUGAAAUUAAACAAACAUUAGAAAGGGAAUUUGAGCUUUUCUUAACACCACAAGAUAUACGAAAUUUAACUUUCUCAAAAUUAAUCGAAUUGCAAAAUCAACUGGUUGAUAAUACUGAAUCAAGUGAUACAAUGAAAGAAAACUUGAUGUCCCCCGAGAAUAUAUUUAAAAUGCUUGUACGUACGUUGGGUGAUGAAAAUGAAGAUAUAGAACCGAUGAUAGAAUUGCCAUCAAUCAAAAAUAAAGAAAACUCAAUGCCACUAUUCUUCAUUCCUGGAAUUGAAGGGAAUUGUCUAGUAUUUGAAGAACUGUGUUCAAAAUUGAAUUAUCAAUGUUAUGGUUUGCAGACUUCGUUUGAGGAUACUACUGAUAACAUUAGUGCUCUAUCACAAAAAAUGGUCUCACUAAUUAAAUCCAAACUAGCGAAAAGUGAAGAGUAUGGUAUUGUUGGCUACUCAUAUGGUUCAGUAUUGGCAACAGAAAUUAUUUCAAAAUUAGAAAAAUUAGGGUAUAAAGGUCGUUGUUUAUUUAUUGAUGGAUCGCCAACAUUUUUGAAAAAGAUCAUUCGUAUGCAGCUUUCAAUGUCAAUUUCAGAAGAAAUAUCAACCAAUACUGUCGAAUCAAGAUUAAUAGCAUUGAUGUUGUCUCUGUUUCUUACAGAAAAUGUGUCAAAUAUUUUGAAUGAACUGGAAAGUCUGCCUGAUUUGAAAUCACGAGUGGACCUAUUAUUAUCCAAAAAACCGGAAGAUGUAUCUUUAUAUUCUGAGAAAUAUAUUCGUACAAUUUGUAAUGGUUUAUUGGCACGAUUUAAUUCAAUUUUAAAUUACAACAUAUCCGAAGAAAUUAAAUUUAAUGUUCCGAUUGCGUUAGUUCGACCUACUAUUAAAGUGAUUAGUGAAUCGUCUGAAGAUUAUGAUUUAUCGACCUUGGUGGAUAAAGAAUCAUCGGAGAUACCUGUAACUAUACUAGAAGGGGAUCAUUACACUGUUUUAGAAAAUGUAUUAUUACCAAAUUUAGUAAAUGAAUUCUUUUCGUAAGAGUAGGGUUAGUACUGCGUUGUCUUACUUCGAAUAAUUUAGAAAAAAAGCAUAUCAUAAUAUAAAAACACUGUACAUAACAUGUCAUAAAAUGGGAUAAGGAAAAUGAAAGGAAGGGGAAGUAUUCAUGACUAACUUAAAGAAAGGGAGAAGUAUCCAGCUAUAGCUAGCUUAAGGUUUUUUCGCAAUUAUUCCAUAAAAUGAUUGAUAAAAUUAUUUUAAUUAUUCAAUUCUAAUACUUUGAAAUAAAAACAUAUAAAAUAUUUUGAUGUAUUGUUU